AUGGAUGUCUUUACCCAGUAUGCCUACAAUGACAGUUUCAAUGACAAUGGAACAUGGGGCUUCAACAAAACGGAUCAAGAGCAGAAGCACCCUUACAACUACUAUGCCAUGCUGCUUACUCUGCUCAUCUUCGUCAUCGUCUUCGGCAACGUGCUGGUGUGCAUUGCUGUGUCCAGAGAGAAGGCACUGCAGACCACCACCAACUACCUGAUUGUCAGCCUGGCUGUGGCUGACCUCCUGGUGGCCACACUGGUUAUGCCCUGGGUUGUCUACUUAGAGGUAGUGGGAGAGUGGCGCUUUAGCAAGAUCCACUGUGACAUCUUUGUCACUCUGGAUGUGAUGAUGUGUACAGCCAGCAUCCUCAAUCUUUGUGCAAUCAGCAUUGAUCGUUACACCGCAGUUGCAAUGCCAAUGCUGUACAAUACCCGCUACAGUUCCAGGAGACGGGUAACAGUCAUGAUCUCUGUGGUGUGGGUACUAUCUUUCGCCAUAUCAUGCCCCCUAUUGUUUGGCCUAAAUAACACAGCUACUCGUGAUGAGUCUCUCUGUGUGAUCGCCAAUCCGGCCUUCGUAGUAUACUCUUCCAUAGUGUCCUUCUAUGUUCCCUUCAUCAUCACUCUCCUGGUUUAUGUGCAAAUUUAUGUGGUACUGAGGAAGCGCAGGAAACGUGUCAACACCAAACCGAAGCAGCGCAUCUGUCAGGCUGCCCCGCCUGAUGUGGCCGCUUCGCUGAAGGAUAAGUGCACUCAUCCAGAGGAUGUGAGGUUAUGCACCAUGAUUGUUAAAUCUAAUGGGAGUUUUCCUGUCAACAAGAAGAAAGUGAUAUUCAUUAAAGAUGUAGUUAAUGAGGGAGAAGAUCUGGAGCUGGAUGAGCUGAACAACAGUGGAAGCAGCCAGAAACAGAAGCAGCAGCCACAAUGUGCUCUUGGAGACACUCCGGCCACCAGCCAUCAGCAACUGAUGCCCAACAAGACCAACGCUAGCCCCACUUCCACACCUCCCACUCCCCACGAGGAAGGCCAGAAAGCAGAAAAGAAUGGAGAUCCUACCAAGGAGGCCCUCGUGGUUCCAGCACCCGUUGUUGCCAAAGCCUUCCAGACGCAGGCGUUACCUAAUGGCAAGACUCAGACCUCUGUAAAAACCAUGAGCAAGAGAAAGAUCUCCCAGCAGAAGGAGAAGAAGGCCACUCAGAUGUUAGCCAUUGUCCUUGGAGUAUUCAUCAUAUGCUGGCUGCCGUUUUUCAUUACACAUAUCUUGAAUACCCACUGCACAAAUUGCAAGGUUCCCGCUGAGAUGUAUAAUGCUUUCACUUGGCUGGGCUACGUGAAUAGUGCCAUAAAUCCCAUCAUAUACACCACCUUUAAUGUCGAGUUCAGGAAGGCAUUCAUUAAGAUCUUGCACUGCUAA